AUGAGUUCUCCCGCGCUCAACCUCGCGUGUGUCUCUGGAGGCUUUCCCUUCCAGACAAAAAAUAUUUCUAUGGCAGGCAAUGCCAAAGUACUUCUAGGCUCCGUAGAAGGAAGCUCUACCACCCGCCAAGGCAGCUCCACCAAUGGGUAUUUUGCGCCAAAGUCCCAGACCUCAGAGUCUCCUCUCACUCUGAGUGUCAAUCACGCUGAAGUUUGGCUAGAAAACGGCCAAAUCUAUAUUCGAGACCUGGAGUCGCCCUUCGGUACCUUCGUAAAUGACGUCAAAAUCAACACCAAUGUUGCUCUUAAAACAGGAGAUAUUUUAGCACUGGGAAAAACCUUAGUUCGCAACACGAACACUCCGACCGACAUCACAGACGACCAGCUGAAGUGUAUCAUUGCUAAAGUAACUGUGGUCGGUUCUCAGGCUUGA